CACGCCAGGAGAUCCGUCCAAACUGUCCCCUUUGCCGCCCGCUACAUUCCCGCAGCGCUCAUCCACUUUUGUUUCUUCUCUUCCUCGUCUCUUCUCGUUUGUCGUUUCUGCCGAAUCCGUUGGGGGAAGGGUGCAUUGUAUCAAUUCCUCUCCUGAUCCUGUUGCUUUCUACACCGAAAGCAACCUAUUUGUCGAUUUCUCUUUGUCGGCAACUCGAACCCGGGGAAUCGAUUCCAUGCUUCGCGACCCGUUCGACAUCCACCGAAAGAAUAACUUCAAAACUGCAGCAUCGCAGGCCGUACAUAACAUACGAAUCGCCGCCACGCAAGUAGGGACAAAUGCGUUGGAAAUGUCUUUCUCUAUGCCCAAGAACAUACCGAAUUUCAAGGAUCCGUACCGAAACUUGGAAGACAAGGCCUGGAACGCCGUAAGAACAGGCAAAGUCGGCAACCUCUUCGACAGCGAAGGCCUUCCCAUGUACAAGGAUAAGCCUUACGCAUACGAGCCCUCGAGACGGUAUCGCCCCAUCUGGAGACGGAAGCGAACAUGGAUCUGCACAUUCUUCACCUUCAUCUUGUGCUGGAUGAUGGGUUGGCUGCCCUGGCAGCACAAGUUGUCAGCCCACACUACAUCGGCAUGGACGUGGCUGGGCAUGUCUGGCGAGAAGGAGAUUGUGGAUUGGGAUCACAGACGUGAGCAGGUGGUUGAGGCUUUCCAAUUAAGCUGGGAUUCCUACGAACGACAUGGCUGGGGGUACGACGAAUAUCACCCAAUUGCCAAGACUGGCAAACACAUGGCACCCAAGGGUCUGGGCUGGAUUAUUAUCGACUCUCUAGAUACACUGAUUCUUAUGAACCAGACAAGUCGCCUCAAGCAUGCUCGCGAGUGGAUCUCUACUUCUCUCACUUGGGAGCAGAACCAAGACGUUAAUACUUUUGAGACUACUAUUCGUAUGCUCGGCGGUCUUCUUUCGGCUCAUUAUCUAUCUACCGAGUUCCCCGACUUGGCGCCACAGACCGAUGAUGACCCAGGAAAGGAGGGCGAGGACUUGUAUCUGGAAAAGGCUAUGGACCUGGCAAGCCGGUUGAUGAGCGCGUUUGAUUCACCUUCCGGUAUCCCCUAUGCCAGCGUCAACUUGGAACAAUUCAAGGGUAUUCCCUCCCAUGCUGACAUGGGAGCCAGUUCUACCGCAGAAGCAACGACACUCCAACUUGAGUUCAAAUACCUUGCCAAGUUGACUGGCGAAAAGAACUUUUGGGACAAGGCCGAAAAGGUCAUGGAAAUCAUCGAUGAGAACAAUGCUCAGGACGGUUUAGUCCCUAUUUACAUUUACGCCACGAAUGGCGAAUUCCGCGGCGAGAAUAUUCGUCUCGGUAGCCGUGGUGACUCUUACUACGAAUACCUCAUCAAACAAUACCUUCAGACCAAUAAGAAGGAAAAGGUCUACGAAACGAUGUGGGAAGAAGCAUUACAAGGCAUGCGCAAGCAUCUUCUCACAUACACAGAGCCCAGUGGUUUUACUAUUUUGGGCGAGCGUCCCAAUGGUCUGGACAGCGCCCUGUCUCCCAAGAUGGAUCAUCUUGUUUGCUUCUUGCCUGGCACUAUUGCCCUUGCUGCAACUGGCGGUCUUACGCUAGAGGAAGCCCGCAAGCGACCAACAUGGAGCCAGCAGCACGAAGAAGACAUGAAGCUCGCUCGGGAGUUGACUCAGACAUGCUGGGGCAUGUACAAGUAUAUGGCGACAGGCCUCGCCGCCGAAAUCACCUACUUCAAGAUUGGCAACCCACCAGCUAGCCCUGAUAAAGGCCACCCCGUACCACCUAGGAAGCUGGACGGCCAUGCUAAUGCUGCUUGGCGUAAGGAUUUUGAAGUCCACUCUAAUGAUGUGCACAAUCUUCAGCGCCCUGAGACUGUUGAGAGUCUGUUUUACAUGUGGCGUAUCACUGGCGAUAUCCAGUACCGCGAGUGGGGAUGGGAGAUGUUUCGCUCAUUCAUGAACCACACCGCUGUGGAAGAUAAGGGCGGCUUCACAAGCUUGAGCGACGCGAACCAAGUACCGCCUCUGGUCAAGGACAACAUGGAGAGUUUCUGGUUGGCUGAGACGCUCAAGUACAUGUACCUGCUCUUCUCGCCUGAUGAUUUGUUGCCUCUGGACCAGAUCGUUCUCAACACCGAGGCUCAUCCUUUCCCUCGAUUCGAUAUGGGUCCGCUGUUUUCGACGGGCUGGUCUAGAAAGCCCCGUGAUGCUUCAGGCAAAAUCAAAGAGGAGUUUGUAAAAACGGAGAAGGUUAAGGUUGAAGAGUAAUUGACAACGGAACACUUGUAACCGUGGCCCGCUGGGAUUUUGUAUAGUUUUGGUUUCUUUGUUGUUUCUCUCUCUCGCAAAUAGACACUAUAUGCAUAGCAUGAUAGCUUCAGAAUAAUAUAGAACGCUAUCCCCACCAAGACACCAAUAGUUCGUACUGUUUCCAGCCAUAAUGGGG